AUGAUAGAUGUCUGUGAAGGUACAAUAGAACUGAACCUUGGAAAAGACCUAAAGAUGAAGUUUGACAUCAAGGAUACAAUGAGGAAGCCAACAAUAGAAGGUCAACUCUUUUACAUUGAAGAAAUGGAUCAGUUGGCGGAUGAACUUUUGGAGGAAGUGUCUUUGGAAGACCACUUGCAAGUUGCUCUCACCAUGGAUCAAUCUGAAGGGUAUCUGCAUUCAGAAACUGAGGAGUAUUCUAGGCUCCUUGACACUUUCAGACCGGUUCCGAACAUCUUUUGCAUUGAGGAGUUAGACGAGCCGCUUUGUGAAGUUCUGGCAGUGAGCUCGACCGAGAACUCGAUCGAGUCAGGGAAUGAACAAGCAAGCUCGAUCGAGCUAGACAUCGGAUGCAAGGAACAAGCUCAAGGAGAUUGGUCUGAACUCAAGGCACCUAAGGUGGACCUCAAACCUUUGCCCAAGGGCCUCAGGUACUUUGGGGAGCUUUGGAGCCAAUUGGGAUUAUGGAGUGUUGGAGACGUCAAAGCAGAGAGCAACCAGGAUGUCAACCAGGAUCAGGAAACCCGAUUCUCGCCUUGUAAGCUUUCCUUGACCAAGAAGGGAGUUGACUUUAGUCAAGACAUAUCAAGACUAAGUGAAACGCCGAGUUUUGAAGCCUAA